UCAAAGCCUACCUCUUCAUACAACUCCCCUCCGCUUGUCCACUCUUUUGACUGCAAUCCUAUUUCCCUCACCAUGUCGACCGACCAAGUCAGCACGGAGGAUAAGGGUGGUUACAGGCAGAUCAACAAGGCGCUUAACAUCUGCGCUUUUGAAGAUUACCUGAAAGGCCAAACAGCGAACCUUGAACAGAUUCCCGAUGUCGAACAAGUAACGGAAAGAGUCCUACGAGUGCGAGGACAAAAUCCGGGAAAAUUCACAUUUCAAGGCACAAACACUUUCUUGGUCGGUACAGGGGCCUCUCGCAUAUUGAUUGACACCUCCGGAGGAGAGCCCGAGUAUGCCAAGCUACUUGCAUCGACUCUGGAAUCGCGCAACAUCAGCAUCAAAUAUGUUCUCGUUACUCAUUGGCACGGAGAUCACUCUGGAGGAGUGCCAGAUCUUAUUCGAAUGUACCCACAUUUGAAAGAGCACAUCUACAAGAACGACCCUGAGCUAGGACAAAAAGACAUCUACGACGGGCAACAGUUCUGCGUCGAAGGAGCCACUGUCGAGGCAGUGCAUUGUCCUGGCCACUCAGAAGACCACAUGUGUUUCAUUCUCAAGGAAGAGAACUCCAUGUUCACCGGUGACAACAUCCUUGGUACCGGUACAAGUGCAGUUGAGGAUCUCGGAAUCUUCAUGUCGAGUCUGCACAAAAUGAUGGACCAGAAAUGCCGCGCUGGCCACCCGGCCCACGGCAUCACGAUUGACGACUUGAACACAAAAAUCUCCAGAGAACUGUCAUCAAAAUACAGAAGGGAGAAACAAGUGAUCAGGGCUUUGAAAAAUCUCCGCGACUACGGGCAGAACCGGCCCGUCGUCCGAGACAUUGUCAACAACAUUUACGGAAGCUCGGUGGACGAAACAACCCGAACCUUGGCAUUGGAGCCCUUCAUUGAUGAAGUGCUUCGAAAACUCGCGGGAGAUGGUAAAGUCGGCUUCCAGGCUUGUCGGGGCCAGAGAAAGUGGUUCCUUAUCGCGAGCGAGCAGAACUCAACCCCGAUGCCACAUUUGCAAUCUUCCGUUACGCGUGCAACCGCUUAAGUUUAGAUACUUUUUUUAGCUUCUCGAUAGAUGCAUUAGAUAUACCACAUGCGUGUCAGGUGCGGCUUUAGUCAGUUUCAAUGCAUUCAUUUUU